AUGGGGGAACGUGUCAUUCAUCUAUUCAGGCAGUUCUUUAUCUGCCAUCCUGAGAGACUUGAUGGGCGAGCGAUAGAUCAAACACCUGAGAGCGAGUGGGCCGGACUAUUGCCCCAUAGUUGGACUUAUAGGCUGUGGCGAAUAGCUCGAAAUGUGAAUAGCUUUGAUGAAGCUCUCAAACAUAUUCGUUAUCAUGUCUUUCACUUGUAUGGACGCAAAACAUGCUUUUCGCUGUUCCCAGGAACAUUUAUCUUGACAAAGGCUUGCGAGGCAAUUGAAAACAAGGAAACAGAUGUCACGAUCACAAAAAAGCAAUUAUUGGAGGGUGGUCUGAAGAUUAAUGAGUUUGGUUUGAUUGAGCUUUCCACGGGAGGGUUCGAUUUGCGUGGCGUCCGGCCUGGGUUUGUGUCAACUACUCGUGACACAUCUGUUUGCGAGAAAUUGAAGAAAGAGAAGUCUCUUGAGACUUCUGGAUUGGUUGAUAGGAAAACGGGGAGUGCAUUAUCGUCGAGCGAGAAGUGUGAAGCAAACCCGAAUAAUGCGCUUGGUGACAACCCAAGAGAAAAUAGUUGGCAAUCCACGACCUGUAAGGAUAAUAAAGAGGCCCAUUUACUGACUGACUUGCAUCUGGAGAUCAUAGAAAUGAUCGCCGGAAAUUUACCAACGAGCGACCGCAUUUCCAUGUCUCUGACCAACAAAAUUUGCCGCAGUGCUGUUCGAAACCUCUUACGUCGAGAUCAUCUUGUACUUGCUUCCUCCAAAGGCGAUAUUGCUCGGGUGUGGGCUUUACUGCGUGACGGUACUAGUAUCAGCUGGAAUACCUCCGAAGGAUGUCUCCUGGACCAUCCAUUACUUCGAGCAACUUCCAGUGGGCACUUGGAACUUGUUCGAAUAUUUCUCUACGAGCUUGACAUGAAGUCUCACGAAACAGCCACUCCUGAACAGCGUCAUAAGCUCGAAGCAGCAGCCUUUCUCGUCGCCUGCAGAGAUGGAUUUGCGGCUAUCGUCGAGUAUUUCAUCAAACAACGCCAUAUUGAUGUGAACGCCACAUCCGACAAUGGAACAGCCUUAGCAAUUGCAGCAGCACACGGGAAGGAUGGUAUCAUUUCGUUGCUGCUUAAAGCCGGCGCACGUGCGACUUACGAUGACCUAAUGAGCGCGGCUCAGGGACGCUUUACAGAUGUUAUACAGGUCUUGCUAUACGAGAAAAAUGAUAAUUUGCUUCAUCCCUUUGAUGUCCAACAGCUGCAUGAAUUGGUCGAUUUGUUAGAGAGCGAAGUUGCGGAAACAAAGGAAGAGCUGAGAAGAAUAGUCCAGGGAAGUGCGAGAGCCAAAGCACUGAUGGAAUCAAUCAUCAGUUGA